CGGUGUUUGCAUGUCCCGAUCUUAAUCGUCUUCAUUAAACUACGCACAUUUUCUUUCUUAUUUCUUAACCACUUCGAAAGAACUGCUCCAGAUGAAGCUGCUACCUCUGAUCCUACUGAUUUUUUUAGGGUCUUUGGGCCCAUGUCUGGCAUUGAACGUAUUUGCUCCACUUCAUCAGAUAACCGUCAUGCUAUAUUCAGAUGCCCUGCUGCUCUGCUCUUUCACUCCAUCCAGCCCUGACAAGGGCCUUAAGUUUAUCUUGAUAACCUGGACGCAUAAGGAAUUGAAGCUGCCAGAUUUCAAGUUUGAGAAACUGAAAAACACUGACAGAGCGAUGAUGUCUGAAAGUGAGCUGCAGGAAUAUAACGCCUCCCUCCUACUUAAACAUGUCACCAUUAAAGAUGAGGGAGAAUAUACGUGUCAGGUGUCUGAAACUAUGCUCGAGACCAAAGCAGUCAGAGUUUGGCUUAAAGUUGUUGCUCAGCCUAAGAUAUUUCUGAAGCCCAGUAUGAUUAUAAUGGAUCAGCCAAGCACUGUGGAGUGUCACGUGAAAGGCAUCUAUCCCAGGAACUUCACUAUCGAGUGGGUGACCGACUCGCAGCCAUCUUCUCAUCAAGAACCUCUAAAGCUGGAACAAAGCGAAGACCAAACCUUUAGCGCUGUAAGCUCCUACCAAUACUCACCCCCAACCAAUGACCUGCCUGCUAACGUCUCCUGCUUGGUGAAACACGAGUCUCUGGAGGGAGGACUAAAGGAAAUUCCACUCCAAAUAUGCAAACCAAAUCUGACAACCAAAACUCUACUCAAUGGCACCAAAUGGCGGGUGAUUUGUGAAGUCAAUGGCUGUGUCUUCAGCGGUGUGACUGUCUGGCUGAAGAUGAACAAUUCAACACUAAAUGGAUCAGAAUGCCAUGACAUAGCAGUGUGUGCAACUGAAGCGGCCAUCGGAAAGAACACCAGUGAGAAGGAAGAGAAGCUCUUCUGUGAGAUGGAGUUAGAAGGGAUUGAUAUGCCAUUCACUAAAAAUAUUACACUUCCAGAUCAAGGUAACAUAACACUGGGUAUAAAUGGCGUUGGGUGUAUGGGGCAGCUGUCUCUCAGUCAGGGUUAG